CGCCUCCUGUCACGGUGCCUCGAACGGGGCGUCCCCCGCGGGCUGGCGUCGCCCGGGCCGCAGCCCGCCUCCCCGCGCGGCACUUCCGGGCCUCGGCGUCGCCCUUUUAAGAGGCAGCCCCAGCGGCGCCGCUCCCCGCCCCGGUGGCCGGCGCGCGAGGCGGGGGAGCCGGCGGGAGCAGCUCGCGGUCCGCGCGGCCACUGGAGACCCGGCGGCCGGCGGCCGAGCAGGCGGCGCUGGCGGCGGCGGAUGGGGACGCGGAGCCGGGCGGCCGUGGCAGCCUGGGCCGUGGCGGCGGCGGGGAAGCAGCUGACGGGGCGGCGGCGGCGGCGGCGCUGGCGGCGGUGACUGGCCCAGGCCCCGGCGGCGGCCGCAGCGACGCGGUGGCGGGCGGCGGGCGGGCGGCGUGAGGAGCGGCAGCGGCGGAGCGCCCGAGCCGCCGGGAGCCGAGGGCGCCGGGCCGCCCCUGUCCAGUCCGCGCAGGGCCGCCAGGCCCCCCUCCAGCCGGGGCCGUGGAGCACCGGGGCAAAGGCCGGGGCCCCCCCAUGAAGGAGCGCGACUCGGCCCCGGCCGAGCGGGGCAAGCCGGCCACCUACACCGGGGACAAGAAGGCGAAGAUGGCGGCCAAGACCAACAAGAAGUGGGUCCGGCUCGCCACCGUGUUCGCCUACGUGCUCUCCGUGUCACUGGCCGCCAUCGUCCUCGCCGUCUACUACAGCCUCAUCUGGCAGCCGGUGGGCGCCGGGACCUCGGGCGGAGCCUCCGGCCCGCCCCCCGGCGGCUCCAACGCCACCGGCCCGUCGGGGACUUCGGGGGCGGCAGCGGCGGCGGGGCCCAACACCACCACCCGAUCGUCCCGCCGCGAGGCGCCGCGCGACGCGCCCCCGCUGCAGGCGGCGCAGCCCGCGCCUCCGGAGCCCCCUGCACGCGGUCCCUCGGCCCGGCCACUCGAGCAGCCGCGGGGGCAGGACGAGGAGGAAGAGGAGGCAGCGGCGGUGCCUGGGCGUCGUUGAACCCCCUUCUGCGCUGGGGAGGUUGGGGGGAGUCGGCGGGGAACGACCCUUUCUGCAAGUCAGGAGGCUGGACUUUGUGGACGGACGGGGGCCCCGGGGGGAAUGGCUCCCACCUCCCUGGAAGCCCACCCGCUCACCCUGUGGCCUGCAGUCCGAUGGGGGACCGCGAUUCGCCAGGGACUCGGGCUGUGUGGUCUUUCUGAGGACAGUUCCGCACCAGGACCCUGAGCCAACAGGGGGUUUGGGGUGAGGGGUGCUGGAGAUCCGCAGCCAGCCACGGAACCCUUCCUCAGCACCUCCUGCUCUGGUGUGCUCCUGCAGGGCUGCCUCGGCUUCCCGGCUCCGGGGAAGGAGACAGCUCGCUUUUUUUUUUUUUUUUUUUUUGGUCUGUUUUUAUUUUUUAAUAAGUGGAAGCUCUCGCCCCAAGAGGAGGGCAUCAAAAAGUAGUGGAGCUCAGGUACGGCAACCUAGUCACAGAAGCCAGAGAUGCACUGGAUCUAUAGAUCCCUGUACAUAGAGUUGCGGACCUGUGCAGCGCAAGCUGUAACCGCAGCAAGUCCCUGAACCCUCCCCCACCCUGGGUGACUACUGACUGAUGGCAGCAAACAAGGGCUGUCGGUGCCCACCUCCCCAAAGCACACCUAGCCAGAAGGGCCAGGACCCGGCUUUGUUUCCUCACCUCCUCCCCCUUCUUU